ACGCCGCCGGACAAAGCAACAGGCUUGUACCACGUUGUACCUAUAGCCCUGCCAAUUACUCGCAUUUCCCCUCUACUCUGGAACGUGACCGUCAUCGAUGCCUCCAAGUCGCUCACAGAGCCGCUCUCGACCGUCGCGCACUAACAGCAAUAGGCCAAAUCAUGGUGUGUCAGAGCUAUAUGCUGACUAUGUGGACGAGUCCCACAUCAAGGCAUUUGAAGACGCUCUCAAGUCUGAAGACGUCGUUCUUGAUGCUGCCGACCUUGUCGCCGCAGAAUCAUCGACCACAGGAGCGCAUACACCCUCAGGACAUCGUGUUCGCAAGGUGUCGGCACUUUCGGAUUUUGCCCCGGUCAACGUUCGCAUAACCAAGCGAAAGAGAUCCUCCCAUACCCCAGAUCGGCGACAAGAAUUGUUGUUUACCCUGGUUAGAUGGCCUUUACUGAGUCUCAUAUUUCUCUUUAUUGGGAUCGAGUUUGGGCUGUAUAUCAUAAUCCGACAGUUAGUGAACACCAAGGAAUGGCUCUCGGCUUGGCGAGGGCGUAAAGGUAAACUACGGAAACGUCUUCGAGAGGCGACAACGUAUCAGGAAUGGAAGGACGCUGCAUUAGCCUUAGAUGAAUACCUGCAUUUCGACGAGUGGAAAAUGAUUGACGAAGAUCCAUACUACGACUGGAAAUUGGUCCGGAAGGUGUUACGGUCUUUACGAAUAUUUCGAGAGAAGAAUGAUGCACAUGCAUUGUUAGGCGUUCUGGAGACUUGUGUUCGAACAAAUUUUGCUGGUAUUGAAUCUUCAAGAUUAUACAGUGAGACUUUCUACGGAACAAAGGAACUCAUCGAGGCAUACGUUGGUGAAUUGGAAAAGGCCUUGGAAUACGUCCGUCUGUCUCCAGAUCUGACUCUCGAGGAGAAGAAACGCUUCUUCAAGAGUUCGAAUACCAACUUAGGAACCACAGCGCUUUGCCUCUCCGGCGGCGCUACAUUUGGCUACUACCACUUUGGCGUGGUCAAGGCUUUCCUUGAUCAAGACCUUCUACCUCGUGUUAUCUCAGGAACGUCAGCUGGCGGCCUUGUAGCAGCUCUCGUCUGCACUCGUACGGACUCGGAACUCAAACGGUUAUUGGUACCGGAGUUGGCGAACCGUAUCACUGCAUGUGAAGAUCCAUUCAAAAUUUGGUUCAAGCGGUUCUGGACAAUGGGUGCACGAUUCGACAGUAUCGACUGGGCUCGCAAGUGUACUUUCUUCACGCGAGGAUCCAUGACCUUCAAGGAGGCAUAUUUGCGCACAGGUCGCAUUCUCAACAUCUCAGUGAUCCCUGCUGAUCGACAUUCACCUACCAAAUUGUUGAACUAUAUGACCGCCCCAGAUACUGUGAUCUGGAGCGCUCUGUUGGCAUCUGCCGCUGUACCGGGUAUCCUAAACCCCGUAGUCCUCAUGCAGAAAUUCAAAGAUGGUACCCUUGUUCCAUGGAAUUGGGGUAGCAAGUUUAAAGAUGGGUCAUUGAGGGUCGACAUUCCAGUGCGAUCUCUCAACUUAUAUUUCAACGUGACGCAUACUGUUGUUUCACAAGUGAACCCUCAUGUUCAUCUAUUCUUCUUCGCGCCUCGCGGUUCCGCCGGUAAACCAGUCGCGCAUUUCAAGGGCAAAGGUUGGAGAGGAAAUUUUCUACUUUCUGCAGCGGAACAAUGGCUCAAACUCGAGCUGACCAAGAACUUCAAGCUUAUACGUGACCUUGAUCUGUUACCUCAACUUCUUGGACAAGAUUGGUCAAGCGUUUUCUUGCAACGAUUUGAUGGAACUGUUACCAUUUGGCCCAGGACUCGUUUCAUGGACUGGAUCCGUAUCCUGAGCGACCCAGAUCCUCCAGAACUGGACCGAAUGAUUCGCGUCGGCCAACUCGUGGCGUGGCCUAAGUUGCACAUCAUUGAGAAUCGUUUCCGUCUGGAGAAACAUAUACUGCUUGGCCGACAAGCAGUACGCAAAGCGAUGCAACCUCGAGGUCGAGAAGGAGGGCGAGGAGAGGUUCCAUUCCCCGGGACAGCAAUCCAAGUACCUGCCCCGGUAAUGACUCCUACAUCCUCACUGUCGGCUGAGGCUAUUCCAAUGGACAGCGAUAUCGAGAGGGCAUAUCUCAAUGGGUCCGCGCGGCCACCCAAACGUCACCCUAGCCGCAAGACUUCUCCGGUUCGGCCGACUCUUGGCUCGCGGCUUGCUUUUCCUAGCCAGGACGGUCGCCAUACAUCUACCAUUCGUCGUCGAUGGGCAGUCAGUGCUAACCACGGCGAAGAGGGAGACGCUGAACCCAUUCCUGAGAUUGAUUACGGGAGGGCAACACCAGAUCCUCCGCCGCCACCCACUGAGGCAGAAGAACAGCAAUUAAGCCAUACCCCGCCUAUCCCCGCCAGCCCGGGUACACUGUUCAAGCGAUUGAGAACCGCCUCUGCAACAUUCUCUCCGUUUGCUUCGUUGCGUCGGAAUGGCAGAUUCUUGGGUCCGCAGCAGGAUCAGACGUCUGAGCAUACAUGGAGUGCAGAAAGUUCUUCAGACGAUGAUGAUUUAUCCGUCGAUUCUAGAAGGCACAUACGUCACCCUUCUACUAUAGGAAACUGGGGAGAUAUGGAGGAAGAGAAUACCGAGAAUAGGUUUGGAAGAUAGAGCUUUGUUUCUAGUGGACGUUGGAUUUGGAGCCUUAGGUAGGAUGUCUGUUGUAAUUACUGUACGCAUAUUAUUCUAUGACCUACCUCUUAUCGUAAGGCCUUGUAAGAUGAAUAAAAAGGGAAAGUUGGACAACUG